AUGGCAGCCGCCCGGCCCCACCUCAGCCGCCCUGCUGCAGCCCGCGGGCAGCCAGCCGGCCCCGGGCCCCGAGCCUGAGCGGCCGCCGGCGGGACCCGCCCCUUCCCCAUCUCCAUCCCCCGCUCGCAGCCGCCGCCGCCCGCGAUGGAGAAGAGCUCCAGCUACGAGAGCCUCGGCUCCAGGCCGGCUGCAGCCCGCCAGCCCAGCGUGGACUCGCUCUCCAGUGCUUCCACCUCUCACUCGGACCAGUCAGUGCAUACAAAAUCUGCUUCGGUUGUGUCAUCGGAUUCUGUCUCCACCUCCACAGACAACUUUUCUCCAGAUUUGAGGGUCCUGAGGGAGUCUAAUAAAUUGGCUGAAAUGGAAGAACCUCCUUUGUUGCCAGGAGAAACCAUUAAAGACAUGGCCAAAGAUGUGACUUACAUCUGCCCGUUCACUGGAGCUGUAAGAGGAACCCUGACUGUUACAAACUAUAGACUAUAUUUCAAAAGCAUGGAAAGGGACCCACCGUUUGUCCUAGAUGCUUCUUUAGGUGUGAUCAACAGAGUGGAGAAAAUUGGAGGUGCUUCCAGCCGUGGUGAGAAUUCUUAUGGACUGGAGAUUGUAUGCAAGGACAUUCGAAACUUACGGUUUGCUCAUAAACCUGAGGGACGAACUAGGCGAUCCAUAUUUGAGAACUUAAUGAAAUACGCUUUUCCAGUAUCCAAUAAUUUGCCCCUUUUUGCAUUUGAAUACAGAGAGGUUUUCCCUGAAAAUGGCUGGAAGGUGUAUGAUCCUAUUUUGGAAUACAGAAGACAGGGAAUUCCCAAUGAAAGCUGGAGAAUAACCAAGAUAAACGAGCGCUACGAGCUGUGUGAUACAUAUCCUGCCAUUCUAGUCGUGCCCGUGAAUAUUCCAGAUGAAGAAUUAAAGAGAGUGGCAUCUUUCAGAUCAAGGGGUCGCAUACCAGUUUUGUCAUGGAUUCAUCCCGAAAGCCAAGCUACGAUCACGCGCUGUAGCCAGCCGAUGGUUGGAGUGAGCGGAAAGCGAAGCAAAGAGGAUGAAAAGUAUCUUCAGUCCAUCAUGGAUUCCAAUGCUCAGUCCCAUAAAAUCUUCAUCUUUGACGCGCGGCCUAGCGUUAAUGCUGUAGCCAAUAAGGCUAAAGGAGGGGGUUAUGAAAGUGAGGAUGCCUAUCAGAAUGCUGAAUUAGUUUUCUUGGACAUUCACAAUAUUCAUGUUAUGAGAGAAUCAUUGAGAAAACUGAAGGAGAUUGUAUAUCCUAACAUUGAGGAGACUCAUUGGCUGUCCAAUUUGGAAUCAACUCAUUGGCUGGAACAUAUCAAGCUAAUUCUUGCCGGCGCUCUUCGGAUUGCUGAUAAGGUGGAGUCGGGGAAAACCUCCGUGGUUGUGCACUGCAGCGAUGGCUGGGACCGAACAGCUCAGCUCACUUCUCUGUCCAUGCUCAUUCUCGAUGGCUACUAUCGAACAAUAAGGGGGUUCGAGGUGCUUGUGGAGAAGGAAUGGCUGAGCUUUGGGCACAGAUUUCAGCUGAGAGUUGGCCAUGGUGAUAAAAAUCAUGCAGAUGCAGACAGAUCUCCCGUUUUUCUCCAGUUCAUUGAUUGUGUCUGGCAAAUGACAAGACAGUUUCCUACAGCAUUUGAAUUCAAUGACUGUUUCCUGAUGAUCAUUCUGGACCACCUGUACAGCUGCUUGUUUGGGACGUUCCUGUGUAGCAGUGAGCAGCAGAGGGUGAAGGAGGGCCUUCCAAAAAAGACUCUGUCACUGUGGUCUUACAUCAAUAGCCAACUUGAAGACUUCACUAAUCCCUUGUAUGUGUGCUACGCCAACCAUGUCUUGUAUCCUGUGGCCAGCAUGCGCCACCUAGAGCUUUGGGUGGGAUAUUACAUCAGAUGGAAUCCAAGGAUGAAACCACAGGAACCUGUCCACAGUCGAUACAAGGAACUUCUUGCCAAACGGGCUGAGUUGCAGAAGAAAGUGGAGGAGCUCCAGAGAGAGAUUACCAACCGAUCGACCUCAUCCUCGGAGAGAGCUGGCUCUCCUGCACAGUGUGUCACUCCUGUACAGACAGUUGUAUAAUAUGGACUUCUAUUAAGUAUUUCCCAGGACCACCUUAAAAGGGCAGCUCUAGUAGGAAACCCUUUGAAUUUAGAUCUUGGUGUCUUGGAGGCACCAACUACCUUAUUUAUUACAUUUCUCUCCAGGGUAAUUUAUUAGUACUGUAGCACUAGAGGAAGCUUAAGCUAAAAAAAGGGCAGACCCCUAUGCAAUCUUUUUGGUAGCUAGAUGAUGCUAAAACUAAUUGCACUUGCCAUCUAAAAACAAAACCUAGCGCUCUCAGUGAUUUAGCUGUUAGAAAUCAUUUUGCUUCGAAUGAGCGACUACUGCUUGGCAGGAAGUAUUCUGUAAGGAAAGUAUCUACAGAGGAGGAGGACUCUGAAAAUUCUCCACUUUGCUGAAAGGAAACAAAAAGAGACUGAAGUAAGAAAUCAGUCUGCAGAAUUCAUAUCUGAUUCAAAUGUUUAGAAUAUAGCCAUUGAAUAGUUUGACUUAUCAAUGUCAAUAUAGAUAUAACUGUCAGUUGAAUUGUUUUGCCAACAUCUCACUGAAAGACAGAAGCUGAUGGGACCCGAGUAAUAGAAUGCUUUUUACUAUUUAGUUAGAUUGGCUCUUUCCUAUCACUUUGAUAUACAUCGGAGGAAGCUAGGCCAAGUUCUGCGACUUUACUUCUGUCAUGGAGGUGGAACUUAAAAAAACAAUGAAGUCUGUUUCUUUUAGGUAUAUACCCAAUACUGCAAAGUGAUGCCUUAUUUACAGGAAGGGCAGCUUCUACCUAUAGGACAUGGUAGUGGAUGAGCCUCUCGUAUCCCUCAGCUUGUCCUUUUUGGGACCAAGUUUACCUCCAUCACCCUCACCUGGAAUCAUCACUUAUUUUCAUCCAAUUCAGUACUAUGAAGCAAAUGUUAAUUACUGCGGGGGUGGGAAACAGAUCCCCCAGUAGUUUCUGCGGCUUUGGGGAGGGGGGGGGUCACCUUAUAUGCAAGAGCUGGCAAAGUAAGUUAUAUAAAACAUGGCAAGUGCAACACUUGCUGGGAUCAACUCAAUUUAAUUUUGCUUAGGUAAGUGUCAACCGUUAUUUCCAUAUUUCAGUGUGGGAUCGUGAUGAUGUACUUAAAAUUCAAACUAUUUUACUUCUCUUCUGUUGACAGUAAGUGUAUUGACCAAAGAAAGCUUUCUGCAUGUAUUACAAUCGCAAUGUAAAAGUAGUGGUCAGUUGAUGGAGUUGUGUAGUCUGCUAGCAUAAUAUUUCAGCACUAGCUUAAUACUUGUUACUCUGUCAGAGAAGAGAAUAGAGUGUACUUGGAGCAAAGAAUCAUUGUCAUUGGCACAAUGAUCAAUUAAACUUUAUCCAAAAUCAA